GGUGGUCACCAUACACAAGACUGCAGCCCAGGGAGCCAGGAGAGGCCCUUGCUCCAACUGAAGGCAAAGACACUACACCACCCUCUCGUUCUCAAUAAAGAACCUCGAAGAAAAGGCCUUGAGAUGGAUUCGAGGCCCUGCUAUAUCCACUUUACUCUGCUUCAGUGGCGUGAAGGGGCUGCAGCAAUCCUCUGGGGAACACCUCCAGUGGAGCAGGGGCAACAUAGACAGCCCUAUGCUGCCCUUAGGCGCAGGCUGGGAGUGAGAUUGGAAUACGUUGAAAGCAAGAGGGGCUACAGAACAGCUCACAGGGAACCAGUGUGUGAGGUGUCUUCCAAAUGGAGAAGAAGGCGUGAUAACUGCCUUGAGGAACUGUGCAGUGUGAAGGCAGACCUGUGGGAAGACUGCGAGUAAGGAUAAAAGGAGCAAUAUCCACAAGGAAGCAAGAGCUGUCAUAAGUAAUGAAAGCUACAUUUUACGUAAAAUAAGCAUGUAAAUAUUUUCAUUGCUUAAUCAGCUAUUAGGAGGUGAUUUAUACAUAUUAUGGGAACAAAUAAGUCUCUGACUUCCAAGGUAAUCUCAUAUGAAGUUGUAUAAUAUUCAGUUGUACAAGGAGUCUUAUCGUUCAUGUUAAAUGUAGUCCCUUGGUUUGCUCAGCAAUCACAUGAUUUAUAUUGAAAUAAUUCUUUGACGGGAGGAUUUCAAAAUGAACAACACUGGAAUCAGCUCAGAACCUAAUCUUGAAACAAAAGCAGUGAAGUUAAAACUCCUUUUAAAAAAAAAGAUCUCUAACCCCACUUCACUCAAAUCACACAACGGUAUGUAUGUUACAACCCUUGUUUGUGAAGACAGCCAUUUGUCAUUCAGAGAGGUGCCCUUUAGCUUACUUUCCAACAGUCUGGUCAAAAAAUAAAACACAGAGCACUGCACUGAUCAUUUUCUGCUAAUUCUUAGAAUGGCACAAGCUUGUAUUCCAGAGAGAAGGAUGUGAUCAACUCUGGAGACUUUUUUUUUAUUAGCUUCUAAAAACAGGAUCAUAGUAGCAGGUGGAGAUUUCUUUUGCUCUUUCCUUCAACAUUGUCAUAUGGGCAAGGAUCCCUAUCUAAUCAAUAUCUAAAGUUUCUCAGAAUCCCUGGGAUUCAGGUGGGAUCAGACAAUAACCCCCUGCCGAACUGAUCUCUUGUUCAAUCAUGAGCAACACGACAAAUGAAUUAGUUCUCUCUGUCCAUCAAAGGAGCUGAGAUUAAGAGUUAAGUGUGGAGAGGGAGGGAGAGAAUUAUAGUAUUACGUGCUAUCAGUCACCAGCAGCUGGCUGGAGGUGCACUUUGGCCCUAUAAAUAACAGGAAAGAACUGUUCUCAGCCCAGUCAGAGGGGAUACCACAAGAGCAACACCAGCUGUGCAGCGGAUAUACAAGAAGUUUAAGUGCAGCAGACAUGGAUGUGAUCUUUGGUAGAAAUAAAGAGGAGCACCCAGAGCCCAUAAAGGCAGAGGUGAAAGGUGAGCUACCAAGCUGGCUGCAGGGGAUUCUUCUUCGCAAUGGUCCAGGCAUGCACACAGUGGGGGAAACCCACUAUAAUCAUUGGUUUGAUGGCUUGGCUCUGAUGCACAGUUUUACAUUUAAAAAUGGCGAAGUUUACUACAGAAGUAAAUACCUCCGCAGUGACGCAUACAAUUGUAAUAUAGAAGCAAACAGAAUUGUGGUGUCAGAGUUUGGAACUAUGGCUUAUCCAGAUCCAUGCAAAAACCUAUUUGCCAAAGCAUUCUGCUACUUGUCCCACACCAUUCCUGAGUUCACAGACAACUGCCUGAUCAAUAUUAUGAAAACUGGUGAGGAUUAUUAUGCUACAAGCGAGACUAACUUCAUUAGGAAAAUUAAUCCUCACACCCUGGAGACAUUAGAGAAGGUUGACUACAAUAAAUAUGUAGCGGUGAACCUGACGACUUCUCAUCCCCAUUAUGACAGCGCUGGAAAUGUUCUCAAUAUGGGCACCUCUAUAGUUGACAAGGGGAAGACAAAAUAUGUUAUAUUUAAGAUUCCUUCCUCAGUGCCAGAGAAAGAAAAGAAGUUGUCCUGUCUCAAACACCUGGAAGUGUUGUGCUCUAUCCCUUCCCAGUCUCUCCUUCACCCAAGCUACUAUCACAGCUUUGGAGUUACAGAAAAUUAUAUCAUCUUCAUGGAGCAGCCAUUCAAACUGGACAUUCUCAAGUUGGCAACUGCCUACUUCAGAGGUGUCAACUGGGCAUCCUGCCUUUCCUUCCAUAAGGAAGAUAAGACUUGGAUUCACCUCAUAGACAAACAGACCAAAAAGGAUAUAUCCACCAAGAUUUAUACAGAUGCCAUGGUCCUUUUUCACCAUGUGAAUGCUUAUGAGGAGGAUGGCCAUGUUGUUAUUGAUGUCAUUUCCUAUUCAGACAAUAGCCUGUAUCAAAUGUUCUAUUUAAAAAACUUGAAUGAAGGCUUUGAGGAAAACACCAAACUCACUUCCAUACCAGCCUGCAAGCGAUUUGUGGUACCUCUGCGGUUUGGCAAGGAUGCAGAAGUAGGUACUAAUUUAGUCAAACUUCCAUCAACUACUGCAACUGCUCUGAAAGAAAAAGAUGGAAACAUCUAUUGUCAGCCUGAAAUGUUAUGUGAGGGAAUAGAGCUGCCUCGCAUCAACUAUGAUUAUAACGGCAAAAAAUACAGAUAUUUCUAUGCAACAGAAGUUCGGUGGAGUCCAGUUCCCACAAAGAUAACAAAAUGUGAUGUUCUGACAAAGAAAAAGCUCAGCUGGGAGGAGGAGCACUGCUGGCCAGCCGAGCCUGUCUUUGUUCCCAGUCCUGAUUUAAAAGAAGAAGAUGAUGGUCUUAUUUUAUCCUCCAUUGUGACAUCAGAUCCCAGGAAAGCACCCUUCCUGCUCGUCUUGGAUGCUAAAACAUUCACAGAGAUGGCUCGGGCCACAGUUAAUGUAAACUUGCAUCUGGACCUGCAUGGACUCUUCAUACCAGAGAAGGAUUUGAACACAGAGUAUGAAUAGAAGACUCAUCUUACUACAUGAACAUUAAAAUGCAACAACCCACCUCCUGACCCUAGGCAAAUACCCCUUUUGUCAUUUGCAAACCACCUUAUGUCAUGGCAAAGAAUAACCAAAUACUACAUCUAUACAGUUACUUUUCAUUACAAAUAAUAGUGAUUUGCACAACAGGCAAGUAACUGUUGCAAAAAAGCAAUAUUUAACAGAAUACAAAACAAGGCUGAACGCUGACCACUCCUCUCUCUUACAUCACACCUUACAGGUUGUAUACACUAUGUGCAGUGAGCUGUGUUUUAUUCUAUACAUCACUGACUAUACUGAGCAAGGGGAGGUACUGUAUUUACAAUAUGGCAUACAGCAGGAGUCAGGCUUGCCCAGUUUGUAUAACUUCCAUGGAUUGUUUCAAGACAGCAUAUGAUCAAAGUUCUCUCUCUCUCUCUCUCUCUCCUGUCAGAAAUCCUGAUAUUUUUAAGGUUUCAGAGUAACAGCCGUGUUAGUCUGUAUUCGCAAAAAGGAGUACUUGUGGCACCUUAGAGACUAACCAAUUUAUUUGAGCAUAAGCUUUCAUGAGCUCCAGCUCACUUCAUCGGAUGCAUACUGUGGAAAGUGUAGAAGAUCUUUUUAUACACACAAAGCAUGAAAAAAUACCUCCUCCCACCCCACUCUCUGCUGGUAAUAGCUUAUCUAAAGUGACCACUUUCCUUACAAUGUGUAUGAUAAUCAAGGUGGGCCAUUUCCAGCACAAAUCCAGGGUUUAACAAGAACGUCUGGGAGGGGGGGUAGGAAAAAACAAGGAGAAAUAGGUUACCUUGCAUAAUGACUUAGCCACUCCCAGUCUCUAUUCAAGCCUAAGUUAAUUGUAUCCAAUUUGCAAAUGAAUUCCAAAUCAACAGUUUCUCGCUGGAGUCUGGAUUUGAAGUUUUUUUGUUGUAAUAUAGCAACUUUCAUGUCUAAUCGCGUGACCAGAGAGAUUGAAGUGUUCUCCGACUGGUUUAUGAAUGUUAUAAUUCUUGACAUCUGAUUUGUGUCCAUUUAUUCUUUUACGUAGAGACUGUCCAGUUUGACCAAUGUACAUGGCAGAGAGGCAUUGCUGGCACAUGAUGGCAUAUAUCACAUUGGUGGAUGUGCAGGUGAACGAGCCUCUGAUAGUGUGGCUGAUGUUAUUAGGCCCUGUGAUGGUGUCCCCUGAAUAGAUAUGUGGGCACAGUUGGCAAUGGGCUUUGUUGCAAGGAUAGGUUCCUGGGAUAUUUUUAAGUAUGAGCUACGGCAGUAAUGAUUCAUAGAAAUCUGUUGCUUUGGUGCUUGACUUCUAAAGCUCCAGUAAGACCAAAGCGAAAUGUCUAAAGUGUUGCAGCUUUUUGAUCAGGAGCCUAGAAAACUUUUGCAGUAUUAAUCAUUUUGUGGCAUUAAAAAAAGGGAGCGGGUGGUGAGCUUUGUGAAAGAAACUGAAGCUUAAGUAACUUAAUUUCAAAUGGAACGUAUGCUUUUAUUAACACUUAAUUAUAUUUUAAUGGUAUUUAAAUUAAUCUUUACCUUGCACUGUAAUUAUGUUUGUUUUUCCCUUAGGAAUAUCUGAUAUGGCAUUUAACUGUAUUGUCUCAAAGAUAAAUGAUGAUUUGUCUCUUUA